ACUUUGGAAGGAGACUUGACAAAAGUGAUCCGCUCGAACGCGCCCAUUAUCACCCCAUUUCCUGUCCGACUGAAUCAAGUAUUUCCGCUGUAUUCGGUUGACAGUUUAGUCUUCCGCAUAAUAUGCCAAAGACAGCAGGGUGUAAAGAAGAAAACGACAGGUAGCUAGCUAUACAAUUAAAGCUGAGGCAGGGAUGCAUCUGACAUCCAUCUGACAUCCAUCUGACAUCCAUCCGCAGUGAUCGUCACUGGAUGUGAUAAGUAGGCGGGCCUUCUUCUGACCAGUCGACGGGGCCAAUACCUGCAAGCAGCAGGUUUGGGCACACCUCUUGAGUGGUGGGCGUUGCCAAAGCUCCUCGGCCUUUACUGUCAUUGGCUGUGACUGGAGGAGCAACCAAGUAGCUGACUGACGCUUCAUUAGUGGGUGGACCCAGUCCAGAGUGAAAGGCGUGGCCAGUUAUGGAGAGCAUAAGUGGUAGCAGCGUGGACUCGAGAAACACCCUUCGGGGCAUAAACACCACACCUCUCUUGGCCCGCAUAGAGUCUUAUGAGGCGAUAGAGAAGAAGUGCAUCUCCGAUGUCAGGAGGACAUUCUGCCUCUUUGUCACCUUCGACCUCCUCUUCAUCACCUUGCUCUGGAUCAUUGAGCUCAAUGUGAAUGGAGGAAUCGAGACGCGGCUCGAUAAGGAGGUCUUACACUAUGACUACCACGCCUCAUUCUUCGACAUAUUACUCCUGGCUGUGUUACGGUUUGCAGCCCUAAUCUUGGCCUAUGCUGUUUGUAAACUGCGUCACUGGUGGGCCAUAGCGCUCCUUUCCCAGGGGGCCUUUGGGUACCUGCUGCCCAUCAUCUCUUUCAUCCUGGCCUGGAUAGAGACGUGGCUACUAGACUUUAAGGUUCUACCUCAGGAGGCUGACGAUGAGAACAGAUUUCUUUCUAUAAUGGACGCCCCUGAAAGGACCUCAUUUGUGCAACCAGGACCACUUUCAGAUGGGCAGUUCUACUCCCCACCCGAGUCUGUGGCAGACUCUGAUGAGGAGCUGUUGGACGAUAAACAUGACCCGGAGAAGGCUCUUAUUUAACAGUACCAGUGGUCAUCCUGGGAGGUGAAACCCAUUUGAAGAUACACAACCUCUGCGUCUAAAGUUACUCAAGUGCUACCAGCAGCUGCCCCAUCUAACCACGGGGAAGACUUACGACCACUGCAUGUUCUUUAUUCCUCCAAUGAGAGCUCUGUAUUCCUCAGCCUAUCACCUUCUACACACCUGCUUCAUGUCCCGUCGCCUCUUCACUCAAGCUUCCAAACAAUUAUUUUUAAGAACUGAGUGCAUACUGUUUUGUUUUUGUUGCCAGAUAUAAGUUCCUGAUGUGCUUAUUCUUGUA